CUGGAUUUUCUACCAUCUGAUGGCCAUCCUCAACGAUCGGGACGAUAGGCGGUACGUCCCGGCCGUGGCGCUCUUCAUUCAGCUCCUCAAGUGCCCUGACCUUGGCAGCGAGCUGGAAGACGCCAUCGUGGAGGAGAUGAGCGGGCUGCUGAGCGACCCCAAGACCGUGGUGCGCUGGUUGGGGCUCAAAGGCCUCCUCAAUCUGGCCCUUCACCCAGAGAAGGUGGGGAAACUCCAGCAUCUGCUGCCAGAUGUCCUGGAGCGACUUCAGGAGGUAGACAGAGACCUCAUCUGCAAGGCCAUCGCCGUGCUGAAACACCUCCUCACCGGCAUGGACAGGCAGAGCGCCAGCCGCGUGGCUGUGCAAGUGGCUGCACAACUCCUGCCGUUGUUUCAUGAUGUAAGGCCUGGCAGCUCACAGGAGAUCCCAUCAAACUGCGGACAUGUGACCAGCAAGCUCCGGGUGCUCUCCAUCACCCUUUUUAAAGACCUGCUGGAGCUUGUAAGGGGGCCCAACCGGAGCGAGAUGAAGGAGUAUGUGCUCCAGAGCCUGGUCCCACUGCUCCUCCUUGUGCAUGAUGAGCGUCCCAACGUGUCCCAGGUGUGUUGGGACACCCUCAGCAGUGCCGCCCAAUUCCUGAGGUGGCACCAGCUCAGUGGCCUCAUCCAGCACAAGGAAACCUGGCGAAGCUGUGACUGCCUGGUGAUCCACUACAAGGAGAGAGCUGAUGACUUCCUGGGCCAGACCAUGGCCUUCCUGCAGAACCCACAGACGCCAGUUAGGGAAGCAGCCAUCAGGUUCCUAGGGCUCACUGCCCGGCAGCUGGACCAGGGGAGCCAGGACAAGCUGGACACCAUCUGCGAUAACCUCAAAGGCUUGCAGCAGGACAGCAAGUCCUCAGUCCGAUGCCUGGCUUCUCAGACCAUCUUCAUCCUGGAGGCCUUCAAGAACCAGCCUCCAGCCUGCUGCAGCCUAUGGACAUUGGUCCAUAGGAUAAGAACAAUGUGCACUGCAGAGAGCCAGCUCAUUGAAGCUGCCCAGCUGCCCUAGCUCUGGGAAAAGCCAGCCUCCCUUCUCUGGGGGCUUGGUGCUUCAGAGCCCACCUGGAGCAAGGUGAAACACACGGCUUCUUCCCAAUUGGCCGUCUGCCCUGCCCAGCCAUGUGAGUAGUUAACUGCUCGAUAGCUUUCAUCAUCAUGUACUUUUGGACAGGUUUCCAUGCACCGUGUUGCAUUUACGUCCUGCCCUCCGUCCCCAUUUCCAGUCGUGUACGUUUUUGAUGCCGUCGGCCAUUUUGAAAAUUUAUUUUGUAUUAUUUUUCUGUGUUUGGCCGGGGGAAGGUUGUGUGCUUGUGUUUUGACAUAUUUAGAGAAAAAGUACGAAUGAGUAGAAAGAGAGGCUGUAAAGGGUUUGCAGUCCCCCCCCAGGCCCCACCAUCCGUCCAUCUGGGUGGGAGACCACACCCCUUGCUAUGAUACUUCCGGGUACGGUGGUUCAGGGGAAAAUUAGCUCAGUGUUAAUGGCUCUAGCCUGCAGUCAGGCCAAGUAACGGUAGAGAGUCUGUUUGCCCGGGGCCCUCAAUCAGGCAGGGCGUCAGUCGAGAAGGGGAUCUGGCCUACAGUCAGGCAGGCAGAGCAGCAGGAGGUCCAUUUGCCUGGCCCUUGAUCAGGGUAGGGCAGCAGUCAAGUAGGGGGGCUCUGGCCUACAGUCCGGCAAAGCUGUCACAGUCUAGGGGAGGUUAGCUCUCUGGUGGGAAUGUCAGGACAACCAUCUGGCAUCUGGAUUCAGGCGGGUGCCAGACCAAUUCAGGCCUCCUGACAACCAGGGGGGAGGCUGCCACUCCUGACGUUGAGGUGGUAGGGGCAGAGGAACUCAGGUCCUCCCAUUCCACUGCGUCCCAGCCCAGGAC